AUGUUUGGAUUAUUUCAUAGAAAUAGUAAUGAAAAAACACUUUCAGAAAAGGGUCUGUUAGGUGUACUUGAAUAUUCAAAUAAGUCGUCUGGUCAUGUUGUCCAAUUGGCCGAUAUGAAUCGUAUUUCUGCACAUAAUCUAAUGACUUUUGGUUCUUAUCUUGGUGAUGAUUUAACAGAUGUCACGCAGAAAAUGGGUCAUCUGCUUGUCGAAUGGUCAAAUGUUUUAAUAGAAUUUUCAGAUGCUAUUAACCAAUAUCGUGAAACACUGAAAUCCAUUUCUUUAAAAGAAGCAAUAUUACAACCUGGAAGGGAUCGAAAAAGAAAACUUAAGGAUAAUAUUGAAAGCUUACAAAAUUCGCUUUCUUCUCUAGAUAAAGUGAAUGCUUAUAAAGAACAACUUGAGGAACUCGAGAAAUUUACAGAGCUUGAUGAAAUUGAAAUGAGUAAUUUUAAACGAAUUGCUACACGGGAGGCACUUUAUUUACUUUUGAAUGGGAUGCAUGCUAUGGCUAGUAAGACAGAUAUAAUUUCUACUUUUGGAAAAUACAUUGUGGAUGAAUUAGAUGUAAAACCUAUUAAAGUGGGUCAGGAGAGAGAGGAAUACUUGGUGACAGAGAAAACGAAACGUAUCAAGGAAGAUGCAAUACGUGCUAUUGCAGAAUGGCAUCCUGACAAAGCUAAAGUAAGAAGAACAUUAACAGCUCAUCAUGGUCAUAAUCCGUUAAUUUCAAAACAAUUACCUCCAGCCCCAGAUAAUAAUAAUAAUAGUAGUAGUAAUACUUCGCCUUCACCAUCAGCUACAAUCUCUACUACCUCUUCCAGUUCAAAACGAAGUAAUAAUGAAGAAGAGCAUAAUGUUCCUGAUCGUACUGUGUCAUUAACUGAGCAAAAUAAACAAUAUUCCUUUUAUAAACCAGAUGAAAUAGUAGUAGUAGCAACGGUUGAAGAGAAAAAUGAUGAAGAGAAAAUUGACAUUCAAUUGCCUAUCACUAUGAUGCCUACUACUACUUAUCAGCCUCAAUUAAGUCCAUCCACAAGUAAUACGACUACACAACAAGCUUAUGAUAGUGGUGGUGGUGGUGGGUUUUCUGACUUAUAUCUAUUUCAAACUCCAAAUUAUCACUUUCAACAACAUACGCUAAACCAACAAAACUUGUAUCAGUUUUAUCAAAAUUAUUUGCCUCCUCGCUCUUAUGAUGAUGUAGCAUCUAUGUUUAGUCCUGGAGCUGUAUUUCAAGGUCAUAAUAAUAAUAAUAAUAAUAAUGAACAAUCAAAAAAUAAACAUUAUGAUGUAGGUGGUUUUGUGUUACCUUUUACAAAUCCUAAUUUUCACCUAGGGCCUUCAACUUCAACUCAAUCCUUAUCCUCUUCUAAAAGCGAAAAAUCAAAUAACGAACACGAAUAA